AUGACUACUCCAAUUAAAAAGGCUACUGACGUGUAUUUCACGUUAAAUAACGGAAUCAAAGUCCCAGCCCUUGGUUUGGGUACAGUUCCACCUGAUGAUCCAAGCGAGGUAAAGGAUCAGGUGGUAACAGCCAUCAAAGCUGGUUACCGUCUAAUUGAUACUGCUUGGUACUACGGUACUGAGAAGUAUGUUGGUCAAGCUUUGAAAGAAGUGUUUGAUGAGGGUAUUGUCAAAAGAGAGGAUGUAUUCAUCACCACCAAAGUGUGGCCAUCAUUCUGGCACAGUCCUGAAAAAUCGUUGGACAUUUCAUUAAAGACACUCGGAUUGGACUAUGUUGACUUGUUCUUGCAGCAUUGGCCAGUUGAAUUGCAUGGUGAUGAAAACGGUGAGCCAACUGCGCCAAAAGAUGACAAGGGAAACUUGAUUUAUGACGAUGAUCCAGUAACCGGUACCAAAUUCAUUGAAGUUUAUCAAAGUCUAGAAAAGAUAUUGGAUAAUACCAAAAAGACUAGAUCAAUUGGUGUUUCCAACUAUUCAUUACCCAAAAUACGUCAAUUGUUGCCUCAUGUGAAACAUGUUCCCGUGGUCAACCAAAUUGAAUAUCAUCCACAAUUGCCACAACAGAAUUUGGUUGAUUUCUGUAAUGAGCACAAAAUCAUCAUCGAAGCUUACUCGCCAGUUGGUGGUACAGGGGCUCCAGUUUUGAAAUUACCCUUGGUUCAAGGAUUGGCCAAGAAAUACGAUGUUAGUACCAAUGAGAUUGUUGACGCUUACCAAAUUUUGAAUGGAAGAAUUGCCAUUCCCAGGUCAUCCAACUUGGACAGAAUUAAAUCAAUUGUCAAUUUGCCUGACUUGAGUAAAGAAGAGUUGGACGAGUUGUAUCAAAUUGGUGUGGUUGAUCCAACCAGAUACACUAAUGACCCUUGGGGUUAUGGAUUAGGAUUCCGUUGGUGGGAAGGAGAUACUUUAAGUAAAGAAUUUGAUUGA